GUUCCGCGUCCAUGCUCAGAGGCACUGCAGGGCGGCGAGUGAAGGCGGUGCAGGCGCGAGCGGGUGACAUGAUGGGCCCGAGCGGCUUGAGUGAGAGGGGGAGAUGGUCAAUGCGCUGGAUUUUUGGUGUGAGAGCUCGCUGGCUAGCUGGCUGCUGGCUGCAUGGCCUGCCGAUACCACAGAAGUGCAGAGAGCGAUCGAGCAAUCCAGUGCUUCAGGUGGGGUUCCAGCUGCACAUCUGCACAGACAGUGUCAUGAACGGCGAUCAGGCGCCAGGAGAGCGUCUGUCCGGCAGGCUGCGCACGAUGGACAUGUUUACGAGAUGCGCUGACCGCGACUGACUUUGCAUAUGUAAGCGACACUGUGAGAUGGACACGACACCCGAACCGAGUGGCUUUAGGUUUGAGUUGGAGUGCGGAUGUCGGCCUGUCGGGUUCGC